UUUUCAAAGAGAAAUAGGGAGUAAAUAAUCUACAUAUAGUACGAUAUGGAUCGUGGAGUGUCGAUUACGGAGCAAAGAUUGGCGGAGAAACUGACCAUCUUGAACGAGAGAGGACUAGGAAUGCUCACGAGAAUUUACAACAUCAAAAAAGUAAGGAAGCUACUGUUUUUGAAGUGGAAAACGCGGCCUUAUUCUUAACUUAAUCCUAGAUGCUUAAAUGAACAGUCAUUUUCUGUGGUCGCUCAGCUGUUCUCAAAACCUACAGUAUCGCUUGUGCACGGCUCUGCUGUGAGGAGUGAAUUCUAGGUCUCUGGAAAUUAUCGUCCCAUCUGAAAUAUCGAAACAAAUUUGAUCAGGUUCUACUCUGACCUGGCGGAUAAAGUAAAGAUUGAUGCUAGUCUUAUAUGAGAACAGUUACAAAAUCAGGGGUUCUUUUGGAUGAUGUCGCACAUGGUAAGACAUAUUGUCAUCCCGUAGCUUUGCCCCUGGCAAAGUUGUGUUUUUGUUUUUUACAGAGAUUUUGCUCUCUGUCACAGCCAUUAAUCCACCAGUUGUAGAGUUGUAUUGGCAGCUAUAAUUUUCUAAUGGUGAAGAGAUCUUGUAAUUUGUGAGUAUAGAGGAAGCAUGAUCGUCCAGAUAAGUGUAGGCCUGAAUAGGACAGGGGCACCCAACGAUGGUUUCCUCCUAAAUGCAUUGAAAACGCUUUUUAGGCUAUCCAGGGUAUUUUUAGAUCUCUAGAAGUGAAUUCUAAGUGGGGCUAUAAAAUCUGUAUCUGUUCGGUCAUCCUAGGGGAACUUGAGUCUUUUCGAAAUUACCAUGGCCUCAGUAUUGUUUUCUUGAGAAUUUGAGAUGCAGUUUUAAGUUUUAUGCGUUUUUGAAUCCGAAAAUUUUAGGUUUCCUUUUUUCUAAAAAAAAUAUCCUAACCUGGGGACUGAAAUGUGAAGAUUUGAAGUUCAGAAAAUUGAAGGAAAUUUAUUAGAUGUGCUUCGAAAAUUGAACAUGAAAUUUCAAAAAGAAGAGACUUCAUUCUGUGUGAAUAGCAAAUACAAGUUGUUGUAUGGGCCCAUACUAAUAGCCACUGGCAAUAGUUUAUUGGUCAUAAUAAUUAUGACCAAUAAACUAUUAUUGAAAGAAUAAGAGAGAGAUUUGUUGAAGAGCUUAGAGGGGUCUGUAACUUAUCCAACUAGUACGUUUGCACGGUGCUCUAUACAGUUUCAUUGUAAGAUGUCAUGUGACCUCAAUGAAGUUUUUCUAUUUAAUGACAGUUUUUCACUGUUGCACAAGAAAUUCUCUGUUGAAGUUUUUCACUUUUGCAGAAGAAAUUCUCGUGAUAUAACAACUUUUUUAAAUGAUAUUUCUAUCUUCCUAGGCAUGUUCAGAUUCCAAGUCAAGACCAGGAUUUCUAACUGACAAAGCGUUGGAUCCUGCCAUCAAAGCUAUCGUGAAGAAAUUCCCUGUGACAGAUACUAAAGUAUGUUGUAGAAUUGCAUGCAUUUUAGUCACUCUGUUCCCAGGUGGAAAUCUUAUUAAGAUCUUGUAAGAUCUUGUAAGAUCUUGUAAGAUCUUGUAAGAAUCUUGUAAGAUGCUUAUUAAGAUUAAGAUCUUAUUAAGUUCUUGUAAGAUCUUAUUAAGAUAUCAUAUCUUAAAAGAUUUCUUAAUAAGAUCUUGUCAAUAUCUUAAUGUCUUUGUCAUCCUUAAGAUCUUACUAGAUCUUAUUAAGAUCUUAAUAAGAUCUUAGAGUUUCUUACUAGGAAAUUUUUACUAAGAUUUUUACAGUAACUUAAUAAGAUCUUAAUAAGAUCUUAGAGUUUCUUACUAGGAAAUUUUUACUAAGAUUUUUUACAGUAACUUAAUAAGAUCUUAAUAAGAUCUUGAUUGGAACCAGGCUUAGCGUAAACUACCUGUUAAAAUUAUCUUGCAAAUCACAAUUUUUGGGCUUUCAUUGAAAAGAGAGAGACAACAGUGUCAAUUCCAGUUUAAUUCCCUCAAUAAACAGAUCAGAGAGGGUUUAGGAUACUAGCCCCAUUAAGCUUAACCCAAGAGUUGUAUAGUUAAACACAGAUUUAAAAAAUAUUAUUGUUUCCUUCAUAAAAGCAGCUGCCCUCUGAAUUUAGCUUAUUGCAACUCCUGAGUGCAAAUUAAAAAACCUAUUGAAUUUCAUUUGAAUCUUGUGUGUUCCAAUUUCUGUGUCUGUUUUUCAUUUUUUAAAACCUGGUUUAUAAAUUACAUGUUUACAACUCUUGCAUCAGGAGCGCGGUCAAAAGCAUAGCAAGCCCGGCCAAGCUAGGAUUGCCAAGGUCUUGGCUGGGCUUGCCAGGAAAGCGUGGUGUGGAAAAGCCUGGUAAGCCCGGUCAAGGCCAGGGUUUUGAGGUAAGCCUGGCCAUAGAAGCGUGGCUUUUUUGGCCAUGCUAAAAAAUAGGCCGACAUUUCAUGGCUUUCCCGACCAGAAAACCAGAAGCCGGGAAAGCCAAGAAUUCGUGGCCAUGUUCUACAAGUGACAGCAAUAAGAACUAGAAACAACAAUAAGAAAGGUAUUUUUUUACAGGAUCAAUACCAAAAAUAGAAAAUACAGAGUUUUAAGAAAUUAGUGCAAGAAAAGGAAAAACAUAGAUCAUAAGGCUACAACAAGUCCACUACUCUCUUUCCACAAAGUUUAGCAUUCUAACAAAACACAAAUCUUGCUUUUUUCCACUCAGAUAAAAAACUUUUUUUUCAAUAGCAGUAACAUUGAAUUACUUAUAUAUAGAUACAUGAAGUAAUAUAAAGUUAAUUUUCAAUAUUUGACGACAAAGCGAUUCUGCAAAGCUUAUAUAAAAACCAUUUAAGCAAUAGAAAACAUUUUCUGUGUUUGCAUAGCCUGAUAUAAACACAAGAGGGGUUGAGAGAAUUCGAGACAGUUAUGCAAACCCAAGACGCAGUCGAGGGUUUGCAUAAUGGUCAAGAAUUUUCCCAGCCCUGCGAGUGCAAACACAGGAAAAACAUUUUCUAGUGCUUUUAUGAAAUAACUUUCCCAAGAAAAUAGCAAAACUCUGUUGUUUAGAGCACUGAUUAAAAGAGAAAUUGUUACCAGUCGUGAAGUCUUGUACUCGAAGCUUGUACACUUAAUCAGUCCUUUUUUUCCAAACAAGAUGCUUUUCUCACUUAAAAUGUCAGCUCUAGCAAAAAAAACUUGACACAGCAUGUUUCUAAAGAUUUUUCAAGUUUCAGCCGACGAGGAAAUAGGUAAAUAAAGUAAACUUGUCAACUAAUUUUUCAACUCAAAACCUUUUUCAAAUUCAUGCUUGCACGAUUAGCGCGCAAAAAGCAAAACAUAUUGAUGACACAACCAUGCUUACAUACUCUCAUGUAAACACGCCUCUCGGCUAAUCAGAGCUAUCAGAGUUUAUUUUAUAAACUGAAAUAUAUACAAGUACCUCCUAUUCUGAAUUUUCUGUAUGGUUCUUUUUCAUCUGCAUGGGUAAUUUAUUUAACUGUGAGGAUCAUUUCUACUUUCAUAUCUAUAUCCACAUGUCCAAAAAAAAUUGUCAUUUCAUGAAAGCUCAAUUAUUUCCAUUCAUGUCAUUUCCACCAUUGGGUACACUAGCUCACCAUGGCUAGCUCUCCAGCUGGCUUGAUAAGUUUAAUGGUUAAACGAUUGCAUCCGAUCAAUCGCAUAGCUAGGUCAGGAUUCGAUUCCCAAUCAAGCCUUUAAUUUUUUCAGGUACUUGUUCAGCCUUUUAGAUAAUGUCCAUUUUACUGCAAGGAUCAUUUCCAUUUUUAAGACUGUUUCUUACUGUAAUGUGUUCCUCGGAUUUACCGUUCCUCGUAGGUCGAAAGUCCACUUGAACAUGCGAACAGUUCCUUGCUUUGCAUGCUUUUUGAGCUUCCUUUCGGUAGAGUUCGUUCAACUAAUGAAUGACGUGAUCAAGGUGUCUUUGGUUAGAUCAGAUUUCCAUACACUAUUUAAAAACCUGUGAGCUUUGUCCAACAUGGAUCCGUCCAACAUGAACAACAGCCACAACACGUUUUUCAUCGCAGUUAUUUGAUUGAUAAUGUAGUCCAACAUUUUCUUUCCCAACUUAAAAGAACAACGUUAAGUUUACCUCUUGCUCUCAACACUUCAAAUGCGUUGGUUCAUCUUAAUUAACGCUGAAAAUAACUGCUGUUUAGACCCAAACGGGAGCACAUCGCAUUAGUCGCCAUGUUUUCUAGUUUCCCAGGCCUCCACGUGUGCCUUUGGCACAUGCGCGAUUUGAUUUACUUUGUCACGUGCGGCUUUUGAACCAAUAGAAAAGUGUGAAAUGAACUUCCGUUGAAUAGUUCAAAUUCACGCGGACUUCACAAGCAACAAAGUAUUUUCGUAAGACCGUCUUUCUAUUAUCCAUGUUAUUUUCAAGACAAAGUGAUCAAUUGCGAAGUUUCUGUUCACAUAAAGCAUGUUUGCAAGUGAGUUUACUCAGCUGGAUUAAUGUGGAAAGGUAUGUUUUCCAAUAACUUUGCGUAAAUAACCUUAUAAAGUUCAAAGAUGCAUGCAAAGAUAUGCCAUUGAUCAGAUCCCUUUUUGCUGCUUUUUGUUUACUGCAGAUCGAAAUAACUGUACUCUUUGUUGCAAACAGUCAAUGGAAUACUCUGAAAACUGUUCUGGCGCUACAAGGUUAUAGCAGACUUGUCAAGACCAAUGUUAGACAAUUGCAAAAUAGGAGAAGAAAUAGCAUAAUAAGUAAAGUUUCCAAUGGCUACUAUACAGGUUAGAAGCAAUAAAGUUUUCAGUUAAUUUAUAAGGACUUGAGACUUGAACUUACAUAUAAAAUAUUAGAAUACAGCCUGUAGGUUUGUUUAUUUGAACUUUAAUUCAUAGUAUAAGUUGCAUAAGGUUGUAAAGCUUCUGGUACAUGUAAUCUUAAUAUCAUUGCUGCAAUAGUAAGGUCGCAAAACAACUAGCAAUGAUUAGAGUCCAUUUUAUAAAAAGGUGUGAUAAUCUACAUAGUAAUUCACAAUUUUCUUUCAUAGUAUUUACAAACUAACAAAACUUAUAAUGUUUUGUUUUUUCUCUUAUUUUCCUUGAUUUUUGUGGAGGAAAUACAUGUAGAUGGACAAAUCCAAUGAAUAGGCCACUUGCACUAAGAUGUCACGUGACCAAUGCUUCCUUUAAACAAUGAGUUGGAAUCUUGCUGAUGCCAAAAAUUGACAGAGCACAUAAAAAUUAUCGUACAACAGCCUGAACUGAAAUUUGAGAGGAAACGCAUUCAAGGGAGAUAUUUAUGGCACUCUGAUUUUUCAACAAAGUAGUAUGAUUCGUAUUGGCCGGCAUGUUGGAGGGCAAGACAGUAUGCCCUCCAACAUGGCGGCCAAAACUACUUUUAGCUUAUAUCUUGUUAAAUGUGUGAUAGUUAUGCUCAGAUGUGCUGUAAACGUUGGCACAUAUUUUCAAUAUUUUCCUUGAAGUUUAAGUGCACAAUUUGUGUUCAGAAAGAGAUACUUCAUAAUUUUGAAAAUCACAUUUUGGUCAUGUAAUCAUUUUAAGAAAAUGGUGCGGCUUUGAAAAACUAAGUAACUAUUAUUUUAUAUAAGAUAUGACCCACUAAUCGUUUUUCGAAGGCAAAAUCAUAUAACUUUCAUUUUCAUAAAAACAAUGUCACAUGACCUCUUGGUGCAAAUGGCAGUUUUGGCCUAUUGAACAUUGUUUAAGUAACUGGUAAAAUAGCAUGAUUUAAAAAAGAUAAUUAAAACUACGCGAUGCCAAUUCAUUAAAAGAUACAAAUGACAUUAUGGUGUUUUUGCUACAGGGGUGUACUUUGUCGUACUGGACUUGAACUAACAGUCUGCCCUUUCUCUUUUGUUUCUGAACUAGAGUAUAUUAAAAAUGUGUACAUUUGAAUUAAAAAUAGCUUGUUUUGUGGAAGGAUUUUUUGUCAGGCAUACCUUUUAAUGAGUAAAAUGUUAAAUUAAGAAACUAUUUUUUUUUUUUUUCAAAAUCCAGUAUCUUGACUUAAUAAUUUUUUAAAAAAAAAAUAUAUAUAUAUAUGUUUCAGUAGUGCAAUGUUACUUUUUCUUGAAUUCACUAUUUUUAAUUAAUGAGGCAAAUAAAUGUAACACCAAACAUGGAGAUUGACUGAGAAAGUCGUUGCAAUUGACGUGGGGAACUCCUUUUUAAAGAAUCAGGUCUUGAUCUAUUGUCAAGGAAACAUUCCUGAAUCCUGACCAAGAAAGUUGAAAGCUCUCUCAACAAUACCUUUUCUCCAUCUUGCAAGAUUGUGUUAGAAUCUUGACUAAGCUCUUGAAAAAUCUAGAACUUCAGAGACAAAAUCUUGAAAACAUUGCAAAAGAAGUUGUUAAGAUUCUAGUUACAGUUCAAACCAGGAUCUCUACAAGUUUAUUAUUAAUCAAGAUUCUUACAAGAUCUUGUAAGGUUUUGGUCAGAUUCUUGUAGGAUCUUAAAAGGUCUUACAAGAGUCUUGAUUAAGGUCUUACAAGAUCUUUGUUAAGAUUCUUGUAAGAUCUUGGUUAUAAGAUUCUUAUAAGAUCUUGCAAGAUUCUUCUAAGAUCUUGCAAGAUUCUUAUAAGAUCUUGCAAAUUCUUACAAGAUCUUGUACGGUUUUGGUAAGAUUCUUGUAAGAUCUUAAAAGGUCUUACAAGAAUCUUGAUUAAGAUCUUUCAAGAUCUUACAAGAUCUUUGUUAAGAUUCUUGUAAGAUCUUGAAACUUAUCUUGUAAGAUCUUGGUUAAGAUUCUUACAAGAUCUUGCAAGAUUCUUACAAGAUCUUGUAAGAUUCUUACAAGAAUCUUACAAGAUCUUACAAGAAUCUUAAUAAGAUACUUGUUAAGAUGUUGGUAAGAAUCUUAAUAAGAAUCUUGUUAAGAUCUUAAUAAGAUUUCCACCUGGGUUAACAAGACAAUAAUUAUUGUUUUUAUUAUACUUUAUUUAUUGGAUAUUCGAAGGAAUAUAAUAAGUACUAAAAAUAACCAAAGGUAAGGGGUUGCCGGCAAGAUCAGUCGCAGGUCAAGACUGUAACAAAACGCUCUUUCUCUAAUGCUGUGCUUUGUAAAGAAAAAAAAAUGAAAAUUAAAAAUAAAUUAAAACAGUAGAUUCACCUAGCAACCUUUGUGGCAUUAGAGGUGUUAGUGUGGAAUCCCUACCAAAAGGUUGACCCAAGUCUCCACUAAAAUAGUGUUUAAGGUGAAAGGAGGGAGGGUGUGUGUUAAUGGGAGUGUUGUAGGCAUAAAAAACAAAUGAAAAUGGUUACCGUUAAUUGUUAGAAAAAGCAUUGAUAUUGAGUGACCAACAAACUGCAAUGCAGCCACAUCAAGUUCACUAACAUACAGUGCAAAAUAAAAUGUUAAAAGUUAAAAACACUGAUAUUGAGCGACCAAAAAACUGAAAUGCAGCCAUGUCCAGCAGAAUAUACAUUACAACAUAAAAUAAAAGGAACUGAAGGGUUAAUAUAUCAGGUUAUAUGGUUAUAACUUAGUUCUUACUUUGACGGAAAACAAUACGUGACAAAGUAUAGCAGGCAAGAUCGAUUGAGUGUCAAGACUCUCACAAAACAUUUUUUCGCUAAUGCUGUGCGUUGCAUAAAUGUAAGUUUCAGGUGAUGGAAGGUCAAAACACGUGUGAUCAGAUUAUAAUUGAUAGAAGGUCCAAAUGGGCAUGAUCAGAUUGCGUCCUCUUUAUUUCAUUCAUUCUUAGUGGAAGUCCAAAUAAAUGCUGGCUACAUAAUGUGCUGCGCAUACGUAAUAGCAACCUGGAGAUAAGAUGUACUGCAGUCUCCUCCAUUUGCCCACAAGUACUGUAUAAUUUUAUUUUCAGUGCUUUGAACCCUUUGCUCUUUUGAUUUUCAGAGCGUUCAGCUUCAGCCAGUUCAUAGCAUCCAAAAUGAAGUUAUCAAAGGACUAUCUAACUAUUACUACACAUUUGUGGAUGUCAUGGAAUUCAGGGUAAGCAGUAAGCAAUAAAUAAUCAUAUUUUUAGCAAAUGAAUUUGUUUUCUCUGUCCAUAUUUUUUGUCAAUAAUCACUUAUUCUUUUCUUGUAAACUGUCUUAUCACAGGAUAAUACAAGUGAGCUUCUGACCUUAAUCGAUGCCAGUUUUGUUCAUUUUGACAUUGUGAGUAGAUGAAAAAAAUUUUAGAAAUAAAUUUGACUGUGUGUUCAGGGUUGGUUUGACAAAGUUGUGUUAACUAAAAAGGUUCUUGCAAGCUUUCUUUCUUGAAGAAAAUGACCACAACCAUUGCAUCUUAUUAAUGUACCAUGUGUUAUUAAAGAGUUUAAACUUUUAUUGCAUAGUCACUAAAUUGAAGCAUUCACUAAAGGUUUUCAGAGUUGAGCCUUCCUAUGAGUACCCUCACACAAAUUUUUCAUUGUGCCUUCUUCAUCAAAUUAUUUCUUUUUGCCGAAAUUGUUGCAUAUCAAGAAUUUUUGUGUGUGAUAACACCACUAGUAAGAUUGAGCAACCUGAAUGAUGACGAAGAAAUGAGAAAUGAAAAAAAGCAACAGGCUUAACAAGCGAAAAAAAAAAAAAAACCUGAAUGCUGAAUGUGAAGAACUCUUUUUGACUGACUCUUUUACCAUCAUUGCAUGCCUACCAGUAGUAUUGUUGAGCUUUGAUCAAUUAUGGCAAUAUGUUGUUUCAUUGCGAUUGUUUGAAAUACCCAUAGAGAGGCUCAGAGUUUAGUAUGCAGGGAUCAAUUAAAUAAAUCCUGGUGUUACUCAAUUUAAUUGCUUAAAUGGCUGGUUUUGAACUUAGGACCGUUUGACUGUGAGGAGCAUUAGAGCUGCCUGUUAGCUAAAUCCCGGCCUCCAAAUGUUUAAAAUUGUUUUUGGGUUAACUUUAUAAUCGCUGUGCAAAGAAGUACAUUUUACAAGUUAGUUGUAAAUCUUUUUACUUCAGACGCUAAACUAUGACUUGACCAAGGCCUAUUUAGAUCUCAUUGUGACCUAUGCCUCUCUCAUGAUGCUUGUAUCACGAGUGGAUGAUCGAAAAGCUGUACUGGGCCUGUAUAAUCAUGCAUUUGAGAUGAAGAAUGGAAGAGGGUAAGUCUGGCACCGCAUGGAGAUCAUUUCGGUGUUUCUUAAUAAUAAAUAUUAUUUUUAUUAGGUACAGUUCAGAUGCCAAACUUUUCAUGAGCUGAACCUAAUAAAUUAUGUUGAGUUAAGUACAUGAAAAGUUUGGCGUCUAUUUCAAUUUGGAACGGCUCAACCAUUCUUCCCGCCUAACCUGGGUGGGAAUUUCGACUUUGAAGCGACUUUGGAAUAAAUUUGAUUCAGAUGCCAAAUUUUUCAUGUGCUGAACCUAAUGCAUAAAAUAAUAUUAGAAAAGUUAUUAACUGAAGCCAAUAAGGCUCCAUAUUCAUUAAGAAAUCACCGACACUUUGCACUUCCAAAGUGGAAGACGGACUGUUUUAAGAACACUUUUAUUUUGUCAUCAUGCCUAAAGUACAAUUAAAUGAUUCUGUUUAUGUUUUAUGCAUGAAUUUUUAAUAUUUUGAACAUAAAUGUAUCGUAAAUUAUUCUAUUUUUAGCUUAGUUUUAUUUGUAAAUACGCAAUUCAGCCUCUGGCUGCCCAUGUACUUAUUUUAAUAAACUAUCUAUCUAUCUAUCUAUCUGUCUCUCUGUCUGUCUGUCUGUCCGUCCGUCCGUCCGUCCGUCCGUCCGUCCGUCCGUCCGUCCGUCUGUCUUUCUUUUUUAAGCAGUUUGACUGAAAUGAGUAUUUUUCUCCUUUUGAACUAAUCUGAUCAUAAAAUAUUAAUGUUAUCUGUGUCUUAAUCUGUAUUUUUUAGUGAAGACUCUUUUCCAAGGCUUGGAUCUAUGAUUGUUGAGUAUGAAACUCCUCUAAAGAAAGUAGCUGAACAAUUUGUGCCACAUCAACAGGUAAACCUUUUUCUGUUAUGAUUAGAUCAAAAUGCUUGUAGUCUUUAGUGCAUGCCUGAGUUAUAAAAAUUGUCUACAGUUAAAUGUAUACUGUACAGUGUACGUACAUGUACAUGCAAUGUACUGCACAUGCUCUCUCAGUACACUAAUGAUACGUUUUUUAUAACGGUAACUGAUUUUGUUACUUUGAGUGUGGUUAUGAAAGCAAUAAAUCAUAACUCAAUAGUUCAUAUUAUUUAUGUUAAAGGUCAAAAUUAAAUUCAGGUAAAAAUAUUUUUAACCUAGUAGGUUGAUUCUCAAUUUUCAUGUCUCCUUGCCCUAAAAUUUUACAUUUAUUCAUGAAUAAGGGUUAGCAGACAAAGGAAAGGUUGAGAACUUUCGAUACAUGUAGUUUUUGUAAACUCAAAGUUUUUUUUACCUUAUUAAACCUUUGUUAUUAUUUGUGAAUUCAGAGAGUCUCAACUGCACUGCACUCAGUUCAUGAAGUUUACAUCAGAAGAAAUUCAACAGGGGAGCAGGUAAUAAGCUUAUUACAUGCUUGUUUAUAAGCAAUAAAUGUCUGCCAGGUGUUAUCUAUACCGGCAGUUUAAAACAAUUAACUACAGAAAGAGCAGGGAUUUCUUAUUAGUGAGAUUACUUUGCUCUAGAUUUUUUGGUUUCCCCUCUUAACAAAAUCCAACAUUUCCAAAUUCCAUUCUGUCUAGAAAGUGUCUUAAAUCAGUCAGGGACACUUAAGAGGGACACAGGUGCAGUCAUGUCACCACCCAUACAAGACUUUUUUUUUGUUAGGGGUUGGGGCUUGUUAUUUAAUUGUUAGGUCAUCAGACUUGGAGCUAUAUAUUAGACAGUGGAGGCCAAGUUAAAGAAAGGGAUAUUUUCCCUGUUGGAAUGGCGGUGGCAGUAUUUUACAUUAUAUCUACCAUUUUCCCUUCUCAGUGGCGUCAGUCUCAGAUUGUCAGCAUAAUCAGUGCACCACUGCAAAUGCUAAACUCAGCUACCAGUGAUGUGGUAAGGGAGUUGUUUGAUUAUUAUUUUUGUUAAGUUCUGGACAAUGAUCCCAUGAGUGAGUGAUCUUGUAAUGUCUAGCCUGCAAGCAAGCUAUGCAUUUGGGAUGUAGCGAGAAGUCAUGUCAGAGCAGCAUGUGAAAGGAGAUGCGGGUUCGAGGGGCAGGAAAGGAAAGGCAGAUUUUUCAGCCAAUGGUACAUCUGUAUUUCGCUUCAUCUGGGUGAAGUAGAAAUGAAAAUUAUGACAGAUCGUUGCAAGCUCUCCUUUCCUCUGCCCCAGUCGCUCGUGCAUUCUCUGGUGACUUGCUUCACUCACCAUAAAUGGAGAGCUUGCUAGUGGGCUAAGUAAUGUCUGACUGCCCAAAACUGAAAGCAAGCUUGUUUUGUGAAACGGGUCAAUGAGUCAUGAAUCAAGUUUUUAGUCGGGUCACCAUUGAACACUGAAAAAAAUAAUGAUCAAGGCUAAGCCUGACUAUAGUUAGUACGGGUAAAGUCUGAUUUGAAAUGUUUAGCGUUUAUUCACUUUAAUUAUACUUGACUUUAUGACUCAUUGACUCAUGACUUGAGAAUUGACUUGUUGACUCAUUGACUCAUUGACUCAUUUACAUAUAAUUCUCCCCAAAACUGCAACCUACAAGCAACAAUACAGUUACACAGAUCAUCUUUACUGUAUACAAGCCAACACAUUUCUUUCAUGUGUAUGUUUUACCCUAUCACAGCUUGUUUUGUUGAACAACGUGUUUAAGAAAAUAACUCUUUAGAGAGCAGGUGUUAUGUCUAUUGUGCACUUGUGAUUUUAUUGCUUACUAUGUCAUAUAAGCAUGAAACUUAGCCUGUUUUUGUUUUAAGAAAAUAAGCAUAGAUUCUGGUAUGGAAGAAAAAUUUUGACUCACAAGGUGAUGCUUAUUUAUCUGACACAUUAAGGUACACUUCACCUUUAUCAUGUCAUAUAACAUGCCAAUGACAAGUGUCAAAGAGAAAAUGAAGCAUGACUUCUUACAUCAAGUCUCACUAAUUUUUUUUGACACAACAGGUCACAUUAUUUCACCUUCAUGUUAUGUAGCAUGCUAAUUACCACUAUUACCAUUACCAUUACUAUUCCCAUUUUUUGCAAAAAUUUCUUUUUGACUAGAAAAAAGUUAAAUUGGUAAAAUGACAAGCAAUGACUAGAGCGUAAUAGACUCUCCAUGUUUACAAACUGAAUCAUACAGUAUUUUGUAUCUGGCCUGUAGAAUAUUAUUGCUUUUCUUACAAACCAACAUUACUGACAUUACGGACAUGACAUGGCCGCAUAGUGUAACAGUUUGUUUGGAAACUGUAAGCACAAAAAGCAGCCUUCUGUACUUUUUAACUUCUUAUACAUGAAUUAAGCCACUAGACAAUUUGCUAGUGCUGUGCUUUUCUUUUUUCAGCCCCCAGUGGAAUAUUUAUCAAUGAAAACUAUGCAGAAAUGGAUAUUGUGUAAGUUUUCAAAAUGCUGCUCAUAAAAUACACUGUAGUUAAUAAAAUAUUAAUUUUAUUGUAUGUAAGGUAUAAUAUCAUCUAUUGAAAAUAAAUUGUUGCUUAUUAAUAAUAUUAUUGUUUGUUAUAAAUGGUAAAAAAAGUCUUUAUGCAAUACUAAUAAAAAAGACCUAUGUACAGUGCUUCACUUAAAAAAAAUUAAAACGAAAUUUGUAUCUUAGUUAACAUCUUUUAGAAAGAAAAGAAAAGAUCAUAAUGUCUCAAUAUCUCUUGAAAUAUAAUCGACGACAAUGUUUCUCUACUAAUUAUUAUUACUAUUACUAUUAGCAAUCACUACCAAUAUUUAACAUCUUUUCACUGAUUCCUUUUUAAAAUCUGGCACGAUUUCAAGAUGAACCUACAACGAUAAGAAUAUUAAAUAGUAGUAAUAAUAUUGAAUAUGCGAUAUUCAAUAUUAUUGUUUAUUAUACAUAUCACUAUUAUUGCUUUUUAUACAUGUUUGAGUUGUUUUAGUUUGAACUUAUCCCUUUCCUUUACCUUAAAAUGUAUAUUACUUGUAUGUAGAUUGAAUACUCCUUAAAAUAAAAUUCCCUACUGGAAAGUGCUAUUUUGAUCUGUUAUGAAUCGAAGAAGAAAUGUUUGAUGUUUUGGACAUCAUGAUCAAGAAUAAAAAACAUCAAGUGUCGAAGUGGUUAAGAGAGUUGUCAAUUUGAAUACCGUAAAAUUUCGAAAAUAAGCCCCAGGGCUUAUAUUUUUCAAAGGCCCUUUUUGAGGGGCAUAUUUUUGGAGGGGCUUAUAUUUGGAGGGGCUUAUCUACGGAGGGAAAUUUGCGUUUCAAAAUCGAUUGUGCUAGCUUUAUAUUUGAAAUAAAUUUACCGUUUUUGCUUUGUUUUCCUUUGUAUUUGAGGGCAAUUUUCCAAGUACAAGUCCCUGGGGGGCUUAUAUUUGGAGGGGCGAUUUAACGGAGGGUUUUUUGUGUUACCGGUUUCGGGGGCUUAUAUUUGGACAGGCUUAUAUGUGGAGGGGCUUAUUUUCGGAAUUUUACGUUAAUUUUAUUAGAUGACAUUCAUAAGUUGAUGUGCUAAUAGAAAUACCUCAGCAUGCAAAGAAAGUCAUGUCCGAUAGCCCAGGGCUAGUGGAUUCUGCUAUCGGGUUUGUGAUUUUUGUUCUUAAUUUGCCCGAUGGGCAAUCAAAAAGGGUUCUUGGAGUAACUGAAAUGACUUGUGGGCUAGUACAUGCUAGCUACAGCUUGCCUGAAUGCUAGGCUGUAAAACUGACUUUCUUUGCACCCUGUGCCUCGUGUGAUUCUAGUCUGAUUACACAUUUAGCGAUGGUUUUAAAAUAUACAGCAUUUCAUUAACAAAGCACUCAAGUUUAUUGUGGCACUUUUUGAGGAUCAAAAAGGUAUGCCAUAAGAAUGAUCAGCCUUGUGUUGUUUUAUUUCAUGUGAUUUGGAAUAAUAAAAAGAAAACCUAUAAAUUGCCUUUUGCCAAUUUUUUCACCCCAUUUGGCAUUAAAUGGCCUGAUUAUAAUAAUUCCGUUAUUUACCCUUGGCAGUAUUUAUAGCACUAAUAUGAGUGGGGCUGAGCAAGUGCCUGAAACAAAUAAUUCAAAAUAUUGAACCUAACAGGGUUAAGAAUCCAAACAAUGAAGCCUGGUACUUUGCUUAAUCAAAAUCCUCCUAGAUCGCCUUUUGCCAAUUUUUUCACCCGAUUUGGUUUUAAAUGGCCAGAUUUGGUUCUUUUAUACUGAAAAGUGGAUUUUCUUAAAAAGAUUUGGUUGUUUUAUGAUGAAAAGUGGACUUCUCAAAAACGUGGUACUUUGCUUAAUCAAAUUCUUUCUAUUAAGUUAGCAUGUUGGGGCAGAUGGUUUGUCUAAUAGUCGUCAUAAGUCAACGUUAUUGACCAAAGUUUAUUGUUUUUUCUCCUUAGUUGGAUAUACCCUUUGUCAUCAGCAGCUUGCCAUGCCUGGCGUGACAGAUAUAUGGAAGGUUGCGUUACAGGAUGGCUAUUGUGUUCAGUUAUUCCGAGAUGAAGUCAUUAUGUUUCAUAAAGAAUUCCAAAACUUACUUGAUGGAAUGAAAGGGUGAGUCAGUGAAAGGAGAAAAGUGCAUUCAUGGUUCUGCGUUCUCUCAAGAGAGUCCCAAGAGUCAGAUCAAAAUCAAUUUUCUCCUUACAAUAAUUGUCAAUACUUAUUAUCUGGCUGAAUCCGUGAGCGAGCAAAAUGAAGCGAAUCCUGCGUUCUGAUUGGCUAGCUGAGCUCAAUAUCUUGCCCGCUUUGGAUUUCCCACAUUGGUCCCGCAAAAAAUGUUGUCGUUUUGUCCAUUUAAUAAAUCCUUUAUUGACCAAGCUUGUUCGAUCAUGAUGGCUGUAUAUUGGCCUCGUUCUUUGUUGCAUUUUUAUUGACCAAGACGAAAACGUAAAAAAGAACUAGGGCAAUAUCCAGCCAUCUUGACCUCCUGCUGGGUCAAUAACACUUAUAUAAUCCAGAGAAAAGGUUAGGAGAAUUAAUAAAACGAUCAACUCAGGGAAACAGGGAUAUUUUCUGACUACUAUGUUGAUGACUGUCGGCUACUUUUGUAGGGAGUAAAAUUAAGAUAAAACCCAAAAAACUUCACAGCUAGUAAAUUCCCCACUUACUAAUUGGAUACACGCGGCAACUUGAAUCUUAGUCACAGUCCUGCAAUAGGCAUGUUAAUAGUUUUUUUGCCACAAAUCACCACAUGAAGCAAAAUAGGUAUGCUGGUGAGCAAACAGUGGUGUAUACAUUUUUUAAUACGUUCUGUUGCCAAAGGCCCAUUAAACAAAGAGCUGCAAAGAUCAUAUCCUCAUUUAAACUCGUGAUUGUUAUUGUUUUUAGAUACAAUAAGCGUGUUAAGGACAUUCAAGAUGCUGCUGCACAAGCGCUAGCAACAAGGUAUGCCAGUAAGGUCAACUCACGUUUUGCCAAAUCACAAAUUUACUAGACUGCUUAUGAUUCGAAGGAUUCAGCCAUGCAUUACGGAAUAGAAAACAUGACACGUGCCAGACUUUUGGACAAGUCAUCUUCUUGACCUUGCAAAACAUAAUUGUUCAAGCUGUGAGAAGUUUUACCACCAAACUAAAGAACUGAUGAAACUUUACCAUUGAAGUGUAAAGGUAUUUAGCCUGGGGUCAAUUUAAUGAAAGUUUUACAAGUUUGCAGGCAAACCCCCUUUUUACGGACACCCGCGUAAUAAGGACAUCUCACCAUUACGGACAGUUGAUUUGUCUCAGGGGAAAGUAAUAAAGCCCUUACAGUUUCUCUAAAUUCAACCCGUGUGCAUUUCUUUGGCGUCACUGCACGACUGCGACGUGAAAAUACCUAAUUUCACGUUUUGUGGAGGACGUGAAUACAAGGCAAUGACUUUCGUUUUCUUUUCCUGAACUUCGAUGCAGUCUUUUAGAAUUCAACUCCAGAAAUAAUCGCCAACAUUUGACGAAUUGAACGAGAGGGAAUAAGCGCGUGUUCGUAGCUGUCACCGUCGUUGUUGCUUGAGUUCCCUAAUGUAGAGACGACACGUCUGUUGUGCUCUCAUUCAUAACAUUUCAUUUCACUGAUUUUUUCAUUCACAGAGGCCCAAUUCAUAGAGAGAGACGUAACUACCUUCGGACAGCGUUAAAGGAAAUGUCUUUGAUUCUUUCAGAUCAACCAGGUCUACUAGGACCGAAGGUAGGUUUGUCUUUACUUAGUAACAAAACUCCAGCGUUCAUUUGACGAGCCAGCAUAUGGUGCGUUGACAGAAACCUGAAGAUAAUUGAUACAUUUUCUAAAACAAUUUAUUGCCAUAUAUUAAGUGCGCUGACUUCUCCUCCUAAGUGUCUACCUUUACGUCACUAUGAAUCGAGAGUUGUUUGUUUUUUCUUUGCAGUUUGACUAAAUCCUCCUGUUGUUUUCCAAUGGCAGGGUUUUGCAUAGCCGGGUUAAAAUAAAGAUCUUCCAUUAGUUAUCAUUUUCUUUGUGUGUCACGGCUGUCCACUUCAUUUUGUCAAUAUUGCCAAUUACGUGUCCUUAAGUUAUACACUAUGGAACUUAACGCUGAAACCAGUUACAAAUUAAAGUACUUGAGACACUGUUCCGUAUUUUGGCUUAGAUGGCCUGUCCAUGAUCUUGUGCUUGUGAUCCCCCUUCCACCCCUUAUAAAAGUUGCUAGCCAUACAAGACCAUGCUAAAACCUGGAGGAACAACUUUGAAUGGAAGGGAGGAGGGAGGUCAGCAUUAUAUCUCACAGACCUGUGACUAGCAGCGAUUUGAAGCAAAUAAGGUCGUUUUUUCGUCGGAGUGUCAUCUCAACAUUUUUCAACUGGUUGUAGGACUUGUUACAAAGAAUCACUUGUAAAUGACAAAAUCUCAGCUUCUUGUCCAACAAAUGUACCUUCUAAACAUUAUAUCAAACCGCAGUUAGUAUAAGCAACAAAAAUGAACUUUGGAAAACUGUCAGACAAGUUUUCAAAAUCCACAAUUGCAACCCUUUUCAAUCUCCUUCAAGUUUGUCCAUCCGUGCCUUCGUUUGUAUUUGUCUUGUUAUUUAUACUUUUUUUAGUGUUCUGAGCGGGUAUUUUUAUGUUUCUCUCAAUUUUGUGGUAUUUCUAACUGUCUGAAUUUGGAUACAUUUCUUGACACUGCUCCUUUGACCAUUUCACCGAGCAAAACACUUAGGGCCGGUUAUUUAAACUGAGUUUAACCAGUGUUUAACAAAAGUGCGUUAUAAGUCAUUUUCAGUUUGUCCAGCGCUUUUAUCUAAACACCAUUGGUUGUGAACAGUUUCGUUAAAGCAUAUAGUGUAGACUAGAAAAGCGUUUAUCUUCUUAAAUUGACCCACUGAGGAAGAGUUCUGGAGGUUCAAAAAUUUCUUAAACCCCGGUCUAAGUUAGACUUUAUUUAAAUAACCGACCCUUAGGUUCCGGGAAUUAUUGGACCUUCAGAUCUCUUUCUAAAAUGGUUACUUUAAGAAGAUAAGUGUCGUGAAACUGCUCACAAUAACCGCCGUUUAGAUCAAGCGUUAGGCAAACUGAAAAUGGCUUAGAACACGGUUUUGUUAAACACUGGCUAAACUCCGUUUACUGAAAUAACAGGCCCUUAACUGUCAGUAGCUAAACAAGGUUGAUGCAAUUUCUGUAAUCAGAUCCUCGUAGUACUACAAGCGUUAAACAUGGCCCGAGACGAAAUCAUUUGGCUGGUGAGACAUGCUUGCACUCCACCACCCAAGGGGAAAAAACUCAACCAGGAAGAUUUUCUAGACAGGUAAGGAAGCUGGGAUUUGGUCUAAUUGUUUGAUUUAUGCUCACAGCUACAUGUUCAGUCUCUGUAUUGUUUGAGUUCAGAAACAUUCUUUUAACUUGUUUCAAUGUCAAAUAACCUUGAAGGUUUCUUAAAUAACUGAACAAGCCGUGUUCAAGUGUGAAUUCCACCUUGCCAUUCGAACGAAGGUCAUUGGUAUAACUGCACCCAUUUGAGGGUAGGCCUGCACAUAAUCUGGCCAAGCCUGUACAUUAAAGAGUAUUAUGACGAUAUUUUACGGAAAGGCCUUUAGUUUGUGCGAAGGAUUCCCUUUUGCUUGCGCUUCCUUGUUUCACCUUAUACUUCGUGCACACUGGUUAGUUAUAUUUGAUAGCAUGAUCCCAUACAUCUUUUUCAAUAAGUGUAAGAUAAGUUUAAUUCUUCUCUUUUUUCCUUUGUUCUUUUUGUAAGCAAACUGCCUCAAUUACUGUUAUUUGUGGAAGAAAUUCGAGGUAAGUUUCUUUCUUCCAACAUUUCGAAAGAUCAAGUUUUUCUUCACCCCCUCAGUUUAUUUUAGUGGGACGUGAGCUUUCAUGAUACAAAUUAGAAGAAAAAUCUUGUAUUGUUUUAUUUUCAAGAUUUUUGAUGGCGAUGCAAAUGCCUUUUAAACUGCUGCUUUUCUUUUACGUACCUGUUAAUCUAGUGUAGUGUAGCAAAAAUGAAAGGAAAAAAUAAAAACAAACAAACAACAACAACAAGAAAACCUUGAAAAUAAUCCUAAGGUCAAAAUACCCCAAAGAGAUGACUACUUCGUAGCCUCUCCGGCGAAUUUGCUCCUAAGAAUCUUUUAUUCUGUCCGGAUCUAGGUAUGAUUCAGAAGUACAUAUCAGUGUUGCAAAGGUAUUUUGUCCAGUACUUAUGUGGUUUCGACGUCGCUGUUCUGAAGGAAGUUGUCCAGGUUUGUAAUUAAGUUGUAUGGUGACUAUUCGGUCAGUCGUGUACCUUUGUGUUACAGUAAACACCAGCGUAUAAGAACAUAGUGGAUUAAGAACCUACUGCCAGAAAUGGGCCACUUUAAUACCCAAUAAUACAAGAACCUGUUUAGCAAAGUAGAUCAAGCAGGUUCGUAUCUGUGGGAUACAGUUAAAUUAUUGUAAACAUUUUAACCAACGAGUUGACUUUGAGAUUGCAAAUUUAUAUUGCAAGGAAAUACUGUAACAAACUCUCAUUACUAAUAAAAGUGUUACCGUAAUUCCUGCAACAAAAACAAGUUUAUGUAAAGGCCACAGACUGUAACUGUCUUCAUGGGCCUUGCGUAAAUGAGGUUUGCAAUUUACAUGUGAUUAAAUAUUGUAUAUUUAAGGACCAAUCUCAAGUUUACACAAAAUUGACGAUAUACAUCCUUAAAUUGAGGUUACCGGGACGUUUUAGAAGGGAGCUACAAUUUAGGAAACUGUCUUGUAACUUGUUUCAAGUGGUUUACUCUUGUGAUUUUUGUUUAAACAUAAUGAAGAAGUCAUGCGUAUCUCACAAGCCAUGAAGCCGCAAGAUGCUAGAAACAAAGUUCUUAAAGCACUCUUUAUGUUUUGCCUUGCAGAAAAUUUCAGUGUGUUCAGAUGACAUUUCCAUGAUCAUGACAUCAUUUAUCGAGGAUCUGUCGCAAUUGAAUGUUAAACAAGGUAACACACAUUAGACAGUCUUAUGUGGUGUGGAAAUUUCCCGCCAGUUUUUGACUCAACAACAUCUCAUGCGUGUGCGCUCUGAAUGACAGAGAUUUGGAAUUAGCACAAUUAGAAAACGUUUCGAAGCGCGAUAUCUUAUUCAGAGAACAUUUUUUCAAAGUAUUUUCGUAACAAUUAACCCACAUUUUUCUUUUUAUUGAACGGUCUCCGCAUACGCACAAAUAUUCUUUUUCUCUUCGGGUACGGGGUCCUCAAAUUUGGAAUGACAUUCCUCUCUCACUUCGUGAUUCACUUACUCUUUCUAGUUAUAAACAUAAACUGAGAGAUUAUUUUCAAUCAUUAUAAGUUUAAACUAACUUGAACUCAUAUUUUUUCUACUUUCAAACUCUUUUCUUUAUUACUUUUUGCACACUAUCAUUAAUUGUUAUGUUUAUUUUGCUUUAUAUGCAGUAAUAGUUCUUUAUAUGUUGUAAUAGUUUGCCUUUUCUCGGUAAAUCUUGUACUUAUUAAUUUUUAUUCUCAUUGUAACUUAGAAGCACAUGGUAACUCUCUGACCUACGCCAUAUAAGCCUCUGGCUUUGGCAUCUUAUUAUCGUUAACUUGUGCUUUGUAUACGUAUUUAUCAAUAAAGAAUACCACGAGUCAUUAGAGAUAGCAGGAACUGCACUUCGUUUGGCAUUCAGUUAUCGCGCCAAAAUUUGCAAUGUCUAGUGGUUUGCUCGCGUGUUAGUGCCCUUCAAAUUUCGCAAGAAACUCGAAUAUUAGACAUUGAGUGAGUCGUAAGGGAUAUCCUCUAAAGUUAUGCUCUGGAGGCCUAUUUGAAUUUUCUUGUAUUUAACAGUUGAAGCUGGCGAUACAUUUGAUUUUGAAAGCCUUAGAUUGGACUGGAUGCGACUUCAGGUAAAACCUUAUAUAUGCCCUUUGCAGCUUUCCAUUCACGUGGUACAAAACCGCAAUGUUGGGACGCAAAAGUCGCACUGAAGCAAGACCAACAAGAGGUAUACAUAAUUUUAAAUGGUAAUAUCCUUUGUUUGUCUUGUCCCAGUACGACUUUUGCGUCCCAACAUGGCGGUUUUGUACCACAUGAAUGGAAAGCUGCAAAGGGCCUAUUAUUAUAGACUACUCAGUAAUUCAAGGAAAGCGUUUUUGUUUUCUUACGUCUCAGGGGAUUUGGAAAAGCUGGUGUUUCCUGUUGUUUCGCAAGACAAUGGGAAUCUAGCUUUUUAUAGGGGUCAAGUUUUUUCAAUGGUUUGCUUACUUCCGUUAACCGCGCGUUUUAAACUACAACUUGGUGAAAGAAACGCCUUUUUUUUUUGUAAAUCACAUCCUGGUUACAUUGCAAAUUGGGACAAUCUUAUCUGCGUCGGGAAUAUAUCCUCCAGGCGUCCGAGACAUCAUAAAGAAAUGUUCCCAUUUGUUUUGACGAUGGCAGACAUUUCCCUGUUUGUUUGACUUGAUUUUGCGCGAAAUGGGCUUAAAAAUGAUAAGUGACACUCUGAUAUGCUGCAAAUAUGAUCAUCCCAGACAAACAUUUCCAUUGCUCUGCAGCGCUGUAUGGUCAGAAAAGUAGAACCAGAUUCAACUAGAUCGUGUGUCUUAGACCACCUCAGACGCUAGGGAUUUGUGGAAUAUGCCGGGCCAGGGUGCGGUAUGCAGCCUUUUAAAAAGCGGCGGACCUCGUGUUUUCCACAGACCCCGGGACCGCAACCGCAGUGCCCCGUAUACCCGGCAUACCGGCUAUUCCACAUCUGCAAAGUGACGCAGACCGGUCACCGAUUGUGUCCCAGGUCAUCGGAGACCCUUCCAGAUCAUGUCGUGACUAGUCUUAAAGUAAUUUACAGUUGUGAGUAAUUUUGAAUUAAUAAUUGGAAUUUGCUGGGAAGGUCAUGUGAUCAAAUUUUCAAUCGGUUUCUUUUACCCGUCUUCCUCUUAUUAUUUCAGGCUUACACAAGUGUUCGUGGGGCAUCGCCAGAGUUAAAGGAGAACAAAGACCUGGCAGUACUCAUGAACAAUGUAUCGUUCCACUCUAAACUGGUCGAUGCACCUGAAAGACUUUUAAACGAGAUUUCGGACUUAUCGAUCUUCUGGUAAGUCUCCAAAGUUACGUACCAAUCGUGCUUUGUUAACGGUUCUCUUCGAAUAGAAGUUAAUACUGUUGUUUAUUAAUUGUAGGAUUAUGAAUUGCCGUGGGAAUAUUAAACACUUAACAUGAAUAUCAACCUGAUAUAAACUGCAGCAAAAAAAUACGGUUUUCGGUUCUCCAGCCAUUGUUGCUACCCCCUUAACGAGUAUAAAUUUUCUUUUUGCAGUUUUUAUCCCAGUUUUUUCGAGGAAUCAUUCUUGAAGUGUGUAGAAGACCCGAACUAUUCAAGGUAACGUUAAACGUGAUUUUAGUCUUGUAUACAAUCCCUGUGAAAAAACAAUUUACCUACAAUGGAUUGCAGAUAAGAAAUAGAGUGAUCUGGGUGGGGAGAAGAACUCAGAAAAAAAUUCUGAGUUCUAGAAUUGAAUUGAACCCACGACCUUCCAGACACUAGUCGGAUGCCCUAACCACUGCGCUGCUAAUUAAUUGAUUACAGUACAACCAAAAACAUUGAGCCCUUUGCAGCUAAAAUUUCACAUGGUACAGUCCAAAACACCUUGAUAGAGGGCAAAUAACCUUGAAAAGAAAGGAAACUAGCUAUUAUAAUUCAUUUAAACUCUUGGUAACUGCGUCUCAUGCUCUCCAGCAACUUUUUUUUAUCGCCUGCGACUGUUAAGCUUGAAUGGGUCCAUUACACUGGUGGCCAAUCACAACACCAGUUAAAAAACACGUGAAGCGACCAGGACUCGAAGGAAUGAUGUAACCGGCGCCAGCGCGGAAAGAUGCCUUGCGAUCAAGAAAAAAAUUGUUUUUGAUUUCUUUGACGCGAGAUUUUCAUCCAAUCACAAGCGUUAGUAGUGCAAAAAGCAAAGCAGCUGCAAAGUAGCAUCUGUUUAUUUUAGACACUACAUAAAUAAGAACCUACCAUCUGAGUUACUACGUACAUUUCUGAUCUAUUUUCAGAUAUUCUAUUGCAUUUCCGCUGAUAUGUGGUCACUUCAUGACAUGUACCGUUGAAUUUUGCCCUGAGGAGGUACUUUUAUUAAAACUUAGGAAAUUUUAAAUUUAGCAAUUUUUGCCGUAACUGGACUGAACAGGAUUUGAGUGCUGAGUGGAAGAACAUACAGUUAUAAUUGUUGCGAAUAAAUGUCUUCCUUUGCUUCAACUCGCGAAUGCCUAGGCUGUGUUCACAAGCCAUCGGACAAAAUUUCGACCGGUUAAAAAUUCGUACAUCAAGGUGUUCUGUUCACACGGAACCACGCUAGAGCAAUUUUCGUGUGACCUUGAAAAAUGGUUUCGGAAAGUGUUCGUCAUUUGUUUUACCAGCCAAUGGAUGAAAAGAUCAAAACAUGGUCUCUUCGUUUUCCAGCCAACAAAAACCCUAAUAUGGAGAAGGCAUUGUUCGAUUGGCCAAUCGUGUUGCGGUAUGACGUAAAGCGAAGUGUCGAUUGAUUUCUAGAAAAUUCUUCGAGCAUGAAGUUUUUUCAGCCGAGCGUGCGCUUACCAACCAAAAGCCAUGCAUUUCAAGGUCAUACGAAAAUCGCCCUAACCGUACGAAAAUUGAGACGCCUAGCCCUUCAAAGCUCUGUGUGAACAAGACGAAAAUAAUGAACGUUUCAGCCGGUCAAAAGUUCGUCCGGUGCCUUGUGAACCGCGUAGCCUAAGACAUUCACAUUUGGCUUGGAAAACCCGACGAAAAUGGCCGAAGCACGAACGUGAACUUAAACAUUUUUAACACCUUUUUCUCUGUUGGGAGACUGAUCAGUUGGCUAGUACAUAGCUGAGGUUACCGGUAGCCAGAAAUUUGUAGCCUGUUCCAGGCUCCGAGAUGGAUUCAUAUUUUCGCGUACCACUCAAAUACGCGUAAGUAUCACUAUCUGAGAGCCUGGAACAGGCUAGAAAAUGUAACCUCUGGGCGUCCCUGCUACUGUCAGAUGGCGGGUCAGAUCGAUUAAGUAGGCAUAGUAGCAAUCAAUGUCAGGACCUAUGGCUUGUAACUCCAGCGGUCCACCCGCUAGUCUCGUCACCUCAUAACGCAAGAGUCUUACCUUAGUUCCUUUAACGUUUUUUUGUGUUCAUUAUUAUAUUGCUUAACUCUUUAGCGUCAUCCCAUCGGAGAUCGCAGCCUGUCUGCUGUUAACCUGUUUCUGGACUCCAUGGCAAAAGAAGCUCGAAAUAUCCUCAGUCAGCUGUGCCCUGAUCAUAUCCAACUCAACCAGCAGGUUAGUGAAUAUCCCUUCCAGCCUCAAAUCUGAUCCACAUACAAAUUCUCCAGACUAAUCUCAUACGUUUUCUUAAAGAAUUAGUUGAGAGAAUUGGAAAAAGAGAUCAAAGCAAUUUCCCCAUGUUGAUCAUUUUAAUAGUUCUCGUAACCUUAUCUACUGAUUGUACACUGAUUUUGUUAGGAGAAACCGGAUGUUGGUCACUCUUGGUAAUUGAAGGGUUAAGACAAUUUUUUUUCGUGUUUUGUACUGUCUUUGUACAUUUGCCUUGAGGCUCUGUAACACUGUGUAACAUAAUCUUUCUUGCAACUUGUCUCGCAUUUUUGUUGCGACAUCUAGUCGACGAUGAUUUGCUUAAAACUAUUGUCUAUUCUUGCUCUUCUUUGUUAAGUUUAAGCCACAUCGGUAUUCAGUUUAAUCGCCAACCUAGAUUUAGCUGUACUAGUAGUAAGCUUAUUCAUAGUCGUUAAAUAAGAUGUUGUUUUUUGUUGUUAUUGUGUGUAGCUGUGGCAGUUACAAGCUGUUCGUUUGAUGACGGAGAUCUCAGGAGACAGGAAGAAAGACAAGAAUAAAAAGAACAUUCACAGUGAGUUUGUUCCGCCCGGCAGUGAGAGCUUCCGAAAAAGCAGGGAAUCCCUGACAACGUGAGUAUACUUUGCUUAAAGGAGAGACCUUCACGAACGGCACCAGACAGAGUGAAGCAUCAAGCAUUAAUUGAGUACACUGUUAUUGCAUGCCCUACGGCGACCCAUUAUCAUCGUAACCACAUGAAGGACUAGCCGGUUGCAGAACAAAGGCUGUGCUUUCGUCCUCAGUUAUUUAGAGGCCAUAAAUGUUGUCUUGCGGGGUGUAGCUCUCACUCUUUCCUGCUCAGUACCUUAGCAGUAGACCGAAGGAGCCAUCCCUUUCCCAACUUUGUUUUGUCUAUCAAGAAGGUUUAAAGGCUUGUUUGUAGUGGAAAGUGCACUUAAUAGCUUAUCCAGGUAGUUUACAGGCACUCCACUCAAAUACUUAGAAACAAAUAAUUCAAAUGCAACAUAACAAGAUUGAAAAACCCAACUGGCAGGAGGCAACCAGUGAGUAAAUGAAAGAGGGAAUCUUUAUUUAUCUGAUUGAAUGUCCUUACCUUUCCCAGGCUGGAUCGGAAGCUGAUUGCUUUGACAGAAAUCUGCCGGGGAAUCACAUACACAGAGGCGAUUCCUGUUUGGGAACACAUCUUUGCUCCCCGCGAAUACUUGAGCUCUCAGCUGGAGGAGUUCUUCACAAAGUAAGAGAAAUUAAGAUGGUGUAGAAAAUUCACCGAUCUGCCUAGUUCAGUAAUUUAUUACUUUUGACAGAUAACAGUAAAGUUCUCUGGUUACACGUUUUAUCAAGUUAUGAAUGCCUCUGUAACGCCUCUGUCCUCGUAGCGUUUUUAAGACAGAAAUGAACCCUGGUUAACUAACUGUGUGGUUUAACUUAUUGUCAGUGUCACUGGUGAGUCUGUGGUAAGUUAAUUCAUAAGACCUUCUUUGGUAGGUCUGUGGUCACUAUGGUCCAGUUUGAUGCUGAUAACUUGAGGAUUGCUCGUCCGUCCGAGGUCCUUGGGAAUAUUAAGGUAUAGUUUUCGGUACUUAUUUUAUUAACCUAGUAAAUGGCCUAGAUCACUCUGAGUUUGUCAAUCACUCAGUGGAUAGAGCACCCCCUAACCGGUAUUCAUUAGGGACCUUACGAAACCUCGUCAGCGACUGCAACGGGAAUGCCUAAAACGCAAUAUGUCGGUUAUUUAAACGGAGCCCAACUUAGACCGCAGUUUAAGAAAUCUUUGGACCUCCAGAUCUUUUCCUUAGUGGGUUAUUUUGAGAAGAUAAAUGCUUUUUUAGUCUGCACUAUAUGCUUUUAUGAAACUGUUCACUACGAAUGGAGUUUAGAUAAAAGCUUUAGGCAAACUGAAAAUGAUUUAGAACGCAGUUUUGUUAAACACUGUUUAAAUAACUGCCCCAGUAGGUUUAGAAAAUAAAACAACUCUGCACAUGUAUCACGCCUUUUGUGUAAAUUCAUUCGCCGUCACUGCACAGCUACGACGUGAAAUUACUGAAUUUAAAAGUUUACUUUAGAACGGGAACGGCAAGAUGAUAAAAUUUACUAUCUCUGUCUGAAUUCCGACAAGGUCCCUCCCUUCAGCUCCAACCAAAUUUUCCUUCUUUUAAGUAACUGGGCGACUUGGAAUAAUCGCGAAAAAAUGUUUUAAAGGAUGCGAAGUCUGUUUUUCUUCGUUGUUUUCAUUGACGUCGCCGUUCUCGGAUCGUAAGCUCCCUAAUGUCCUUGGCUCGCCGAAUCCCACCCUGUUCUGUCCUGUGUCCAUAAUCAUGACUGCGCGAAUAUAACAUCUUUCCCCAAUCUCGUUCCUAGGGUCCUGCCCUACUCGUCCCUCAGUGCACGGUAGGACCCUGGGAAAAGGUUUCAUUUUUUUCAUGCGCAGUUUAAUCUUUUAGGAUGAAAGUGAUUAUCCCCUGGAUAAAUUUUUAAUAAAGUUUAAUUUUCCUUUCGCAGGCAAUGAUGGCUACUUUGAGAGGAAUAGAAAACUUCAGUGAGUGUUCACCAUGUUAACUCUUAUUUUGUACUUUUUUGAAGUUGCUUUAUCAUUACCGACUAUUAUUUGCAGCAUUUGGUCUGUAAAAAUAGCCCGAAUAAUGUAAGCGUGACCGUUGCUAGGAUUGCGCGGCCAACCCAAGGUGAAAAUUUUAUCCCUCAGUAAGAGUUUCUCUUUUUGACUGUGAAAGGUUGUCACUGCGUUUAACGCGUCUCUGUGUAAGGGCCCUGUAAUACUUCAUAAGCUCUACAUUUCUAGAUGAAGAAAGGCUUUCUUCAAAGCUUGGGUUAAACCUGGAUUCAAGUUAAUAAUUUUUCGAGUAACCCAGUCUUGGACUUUAGGGGAAUAGUACGGUUUACCACAGUUUAGUCAAAUAUACAGUCUCCCAGACGCUGGGAAAAGCGGAGUGCUGCAAACUUAUAAUGGUUGUUUUGUUUCCUUUGUGUGAUUACAGCUGGUGUAGACAUGGCUCGUUUGUUUAAUCAUGUGUUACUUCAACAAACUCAGCCCGAAGACAGCCAGGGUGCUAUCACAAUCACCAACAUGUACACGACAUGGUCAGUCAUGAUUAUUGCCAUACUCACUUGUGAGACUAUGUGCCUUUGCAUCGUAUUUGCCAGCUGGUUGUCUUGGCAAUUUCUAUCCUAUCCUUAUGAUUUUUGGCGUGCAUUACUAAGUUGCUGCAGUUAGGAAAUUGAAAAUCAAAAUAUACAUUUCCAACCCGAAUUACAUAGUGAAUUAAAAUGACGUUGCAGUUUUAGUAUAGAGUCUGAAAACAGCAAGGUAACUACACUUGUGAGCGUUAUAUUGAAUUUAGCCCAGCUCUUACAAGUUAAAAUUGCGAGCACUCAUUAAUUAGUAAUGGUCGGCUUCGCUAGUGAUUCACUUUGGUCGACCAUUUUUGCGGGGUUUUAGCUUUUAGAAAACUUGGAUAGAAAAGCCCUUCAGCCUUGCAGAAGGAGCUUGAGUGAAAUAGUGAGUCGCGUGAUAUGUACAUAGUAAGUCACCUACUCUUAACUAACUUUGUGAAUAAAACCACUCUUGAAAUGUGAAUUUAGAUUGAAGACCAGGCAAUGAUGAAAAUGAAAACUAAGAUGUACACAUUUGUGUACAGUUUACUAAAAACUGGAUUAAGAACACUUAACCAAGAGUCUUAUCGAUCUGUUUUCAGGUAUCUGGAUGUUUUCUUGCGACGCGUUAUGACAGAAAACAUCGUAUUUUCUCCUCGCCGCAGUGCGUUUGUCAACAAACCAGGGCAGGCAUUUAGAGCCGAGGAGUACACCGAUGUUAAUGGUGAGUAGGUCAUUUGAGACCUUAAGAUUCAAGACGAGAACGAUAACGAGAACGAUGACUCUUUGCAAUACUAAGUAGUGCUCACGCGUGGCCGAGUAUCUGCACUCCAAUUAAUCUGACCAGUCUAGUUUCUAAAGGAGCAUCUAGCUCGAACACCAUUUAUAAACUUAUAAAAAACACUCCAAAAAAAAAAAAUGUCGCGGUGUAAAUAUAAAUAGAGGCGGCCUUUACAUUCAAGGACAAGGACGGCUACGAGGGCAAGAUGUAACUUUAACCUAUUUUCGCGUAUUCUCCAAAACUAGACACCCCGGAAAGCUUCAUCGUUCUCAGUUUUUUUUUUCCCAGAAAAGUUAGCGCGUUUUUUUUGAAGGUGGCUUAGCCCUGCCCCGUUCGCAAAAUGAUGAAACGUUUAACCGUUGCUAACUGGUUUCCGCCACUUCGACAUUUUCGCUAAAACCCGCAGAAGAAUGACGACCACGUUUACCGCCAAAAUGACGCUCUUUUACGCGCAUGCACUAUUUAGUAUCGAGAAAAUCCCGUACUCGUAGUCGUCCUCGUUUCUAAAGGUAUCUAAUAACCGGACAUUAAUUUCGUCCCGAAGACUAGAGGUAGCUAUGCAUUGUAGUUGUGACUUUGGGUGGUUUUUUGUUGGGACAAACUCCCGAAGUUUUACCCUCCAUGUUAAAGCUACUGAGCAGAACUUUUCGUAGUAAUUAGACUGGACCUCACUUUCGUAAAAGAGCAGCAAGGCCGGCGUACCUGGUUGUUCUGGCUUUGGUUACUUUUUAGUCUGGAAAAACGUUUGCAGUGUUUCAACUUGUCAUUCAAACGGUAGCUACUGAGCAGAAUUUUUCUGUGGUUAAUUUAGAAAGUUGUACUAAGUGGCUCUUACUUUUCGUUUCCCUAACUAUGUGAUGUAUACUGGUAAUUAAUAGCUACUAUCAGUAGUAGAACUGAUGCUUGUUUAUUUCUUUCUUUUAGAACUACAAGCUCUAUGCGAAGUUCUUGGAGCUUAUGGGAUUAAACAUUUAGGGCAGAAAAUGAUGCAGCAAAUUGCUAGCCAAGUUGGCGAAAUCAAGGUAGGGCUUUGUAGCACACGGUGACGUAACAGAUUUCCCUUUUAAACUUAACUGAAUUCCAAACCGUGGGCUUCGUGAAUUUCUGAAUUUGAAUUUGAGCUGGCGUGAUCUAAGAGGUAAUAGAAUAGUUGUAGUUAACUUUCGCUAUCCUUUAUAUCUUGUCCCCCUCCCCGCUUCCCAUUCCAAAGAGCUUGCCCCCCCGGGUAUAUCCUUAACGGCUUAAUUCUCAAGCGAACGUGAACUGAGCUUCUCAUUGAACCCAACGCAAAAAAAAAAAAGACAAGCAAACAAAAGAAGAAGAAACUAAACACUAAACAGGGAGCAUGUAUAUGAGCAUACGAACACAGAAACCUCAUUUCACAGCUCCCUCCUUCUUGUCCUCCACCCUGGUUGACGAACCCAGCAGAGUGUUUGUAUGUAUAUGUGUUGAGUAUGCUGAUUCCUGCUGCCAGCAGUGGUAAACUGUUCAGAAGUUAACAUAUUAAUAGAUUGACUUUAUGCGUUUCGAGUUCACAAACGACACUGCAGCACUCAGACACUUGUAUUAUUAUAUGCAAAGAAUUUAAACGAAUUACAAGUGACAUCUUUUAGCGGCCUGUCGUGAAUUUGUUAGGACAGCUGAUUUUUCUUCUUUUCUUUGCUUGGAACAGAAACUCAUCAUUCAAAACAAAGAUGUAUUGACGAGCCUGCGGACCAGUUUUGACAAACCAGAGCAGUGUUUGGAGCUUAUUAGAAGACUGAAAAGUAAGCAUAAGAGUCUUAGCCAUUUGCACUCAAGUAAUGUAAAAUGUAAAUGUAGAUAUCAUAUUAUCCACUCCCCUCAUGCGAAUCAUCAUCGGAUAAUUUACAACACUGGUUGGGGGACUUUGCCAGACUGCUAAAGAUGCAGUUUACAAGUAAUGAAGGAAUAAGUAAUGAUACCCCCAUACAUAAGUGUGAAAGUGAGAUAGACCACUACACCGGGCACUACGUGCCCUACUCUUUACGAAGAGUGUGUGGGUCCCACAGAUUUUUUAGUACAUGUGCAAGGGCUUGUGAGACGGUUCCUACGGUUUAUCGUCCUUAUCCGAGAAGACUAGAAAGUCAAACCGUUUUCAGAUGUUAUUACAAAGGGUAAUAAACUAUUACAAAGGCAGGACUUUCUCCUCAGUUAUUUAAAGACCCUGAGUGUUGGUCAAGUCAGGGUUUGAACCUACGAUCUCCCGCUCAGCAGACCGGCGCUUAUCCCAUUGAGCUAACCGGGCGGCGGUUCAAAGAUAAAUCGAUGUUCACUUAGAACGUUUUUUGAAAUAUUAAUUAUUAAUCAUGAUUUGAUUGUUAGAUAUCGAAGACGUGGUGAUGCGAAUCAUUAUCGUUGGAGUGAUUCUAACCUUCCGUACCCUCACUCAAGAAGCUCUGGAAGUGGUGAGUUCGGUCACUCAAUUCAGUGCUAGUGCAGUUCUGUUUUUUGAAUGUUAACAUUUUGCUAUUCGUUUUCUGUGAUCGGUGGGUCGGCUGGCUGGAUGGGUGCCUGGCCGAUGGCCAUGCAGGUACUCAGCCAGUUUAGAUGUAGCCUGUGCUGGGGUCUUGAUCAUUACGGACGAGGAAAGAAUGCGAGCGAGCGAGCAGUGAAAUAGCUAACGAACGAAAAACGGCAGGAAGAGAGACAAAGAAAGCCUAUAGUAUCUUUUUAAAAACAUUGAUCCGCCCCCAACCCACUUCCUGAAAAAACGUUGUUCUUGUCAAAAUGUUAAAUAAGAGAACGUCAAAAGGGUGUAGGAGGGUUUCAUCACAUGCUUGGCAGUUGACCAAUCAUAGGGCAUACCUGAAGCUGGUGUACCUCCCCAGCCCCCAAGCGGUUUUCGCGCAACUUUUCUCGAUCCGCUUUUCCAGCUAUCUUGGAGUCCUGAACAGCCUACUUUAGAUGAUUAUAAAUGAAAUGUUUUUCCAAUUUUUUUGUAUUUUUACAAAAAUGUUGUGUAACUGUUUUGUGUCCUUUUUAAUGGUUAUGUUCACUGUGGAGAAUUGAAAGAACUUUUAUUGCGAUCAGGUUCUAAACAAGAGGGUACCAUUCCUGAUGAACUCUAUAGUGGACUUCAAAGAGCAUUUUCCACAGGGAAACAACGAUCGACCGGUCAGUAAUAGUCUCUUUUGCAUGCGGAGUUCUGAUCCGAAAGGAGAUAACAAAAAUUGCCAAUUUACUUUGUAAUACCUUAUGGGAUUUUCUUGCAACUCGUUGAGUUUCCUCACGAAAACAAUCCACCACAUAGAAGCUUAAAUAGGUGCCUUCCAUUCUAAUUCAUUUCGUUAAGCUUACGGAAAACGUUACAGAGAAGCCAUGAGGGCUCCCUUUGCGUGAAUAUUUUGUUUUUCGCUUUCUAAUGAUUAUCGACGCUUCGAAUUGCUUUUUUAUUUGUUGUAUAUAUUUUGCAAGUUAUCCCGAUCGGCUGUCGAGUCACUCAUUUGAUAGUGUUAUUGUUUUGCCGUUUAGCUUGUUGACGAAAUGGCGACAUCUGCAGGCUUACAGUGCGAGGUGGACCCAGUUCUUUGUCAGGCGCUUCGUGUUCAUAAAGGUGAGUGCUUGAUCAAGCUUGUAGUGUUCAUUCAAUUGAUAUCUCCAGAAGGUCCUUAUGUUAAACCAAAGCGGAGUGAUUGUGAAACGCACAAAAGUACAUCUGCAGUACAAAGUACAAGAAAUCCCUUCCGUCUAACAAUUCGUUUGUGGAACUUUUUAUUAGAUCAGGUAGUUAUAAUUACAGCUUUGUUUUAGCUUGGAGGGAGCUGUGUAGUCUACCCAUCGCUCCCAAGCCGAAAUGUGGGUAUUGAAGUCUGGCCUAACUUUGUUCCCAGCGAGGGGUCGUACAAAGAGGGAGUCCACGGGAACUACUUUUAGUGUGCUGAAAUAUUUACCCUUGUCAGUUUUAUAGCAAAAAAAGUGGUAGGGUCAUUGCAAAACACUUAAGCAAUUCAUGAAAAUUCAAUAUGACAUUUUUAAGAGGCCCAACUGUUAGGAGACAAACCAGUUAGGUAUAGACAACCAUGGUCAAGGAGUUAAACUUGGGACUACCGAAAAUGAAAAUCCAGCUAUUGGUCGAAGCGAGACUUGAACCUGCGAUGGCCGAUUAAGGGUCCAGCAUAUCGACUACUCGGUCACGCGCUGGCUGCACUAAAACUUAUCAUCGUUAUUACUUUUUUUAUUUCAGAAAAGAGGCCCGAAGAAGAUUCGCUGAUUUGGUCGUUAUUCUUGGUGAGUGUUGUGGAUCACUAUGCUAAUCUAAAAACUGUUGAAGGCUGGGUGUUUCAUAAGCUAUUUCUCCAGGGUAAUAAGAUGAUAGCUCAGAAACAUUAGUCGAUUAUUCUGAUCGCUCAAACGGUUUGACAGAACAAUAUUGUGGCCACAGUGUCAUAUAACCACUGUAGUUCACUUGCGUCGUGCAAGACCCACUUCAGCAUGUGGAACGAUCAGUCCUUUGUAGAACAGUAAUGAAUUCAAUUGUUAGGAUAAGUUCAAGACAACAAGAACUUACAACUUUUGUGUCUAAUUAGCCUCAAUGAAUCAGCUUUUCGUUUUAAAGGUAGCUUCUUUUUGCUGUUGUAUGGCCAUUUCCCAUUUUGCAAGGGCUCGAAAAUUUGGAGCAGUCGCACUCUGCUGUUUCCAACAUCGACAGAGACGUCUCUAGUCUUGUUGUACUUACCAUCAUUCCCGUAAGAGCGCCGUCAUUGACUUGGGAUUGAUUUACGGAAAGCUAACCUUUUAUUUGUAUUCUGCAGGUGUUUGCAGCCGUAGCCCUUCCAUCUCUUGCCUACAGAGAAGCCUCUGAUUACAACGCAGACUUAGAAGGUACAACGUUUUCUUCCUUACUUUAAGUUAACUAUUUCCACCACAUUGAAUUUGCAUCAAUACCGUUUGUUUGUUUGUUUGCUGAGGAAGGAAAGAAGUGGAAAACGUGUUUCUCACACACAGUUGGGAGUAUAUUUUCGAGUUUGCGGGGGUCUUUAGGCCACAUGGUUUAACCUGCCCCGCCCAUCCACCCUUCAUAUUUUUUUUGGGUGUGUCUUAGGAUUCAAAAUAUAGUGCCAUAGUUCUGGUUGUUCCCAGUUGUGUGUGAGAAAUUUCUCACGUUAUUCAGGUUUGUUGAAUAUGGAUUCUACUGUGACGUAAGCAAUCGUAGCAAUCUCCAGAAUUAUCUGUUUUUUGGUAGCCCUCUUGAUUGACUUAUAUGAUAUAACUUUGCAGCGCAUGAAAACAACGCCCACUGUAUGGCAGCGGCCAUCAAUCGCAUUACAGGCGCGCUUUGCUUUAACAAUGGAGACAGUGCUGAGGAAAGGCUUAGAGAAUUCUUAGCGGUAUGUGGGCAAGAUUUUCAAAUGUUUUAUUCCUGUUUUUAAACCUAGUUCAUCCCGGUGAGAUGUUACGUAAUAGGGGCAUAUAAAGGGCCUUUUCUUAGUUGCCCAAGCCUCUGUUUCAAAGCGAGGCUAACUGCUGAGCCUUUGAUAUGAAAAUGAUUUACUGUUCUCAUGCAAAUAAAACUCACUUUCACAAGAAAGGUUUUGCACUUAGCCUGGCCUAUUUAUCUUGCAUGUAGUAAUUCAGUUCAAUUCAAUUCAAUUAGUAGAAAGGUACAAUAAAUUUUUACUAGAAAAAAAAAAAGGACCAACGCAAAAGCUUGUUUAGUUUGCUUAACUCGAAGUACUUCCUUACGCGAUUUAUUUUGUUUGCAUUCUUUUUGAACGGAAAUUUAAUCUGGUUGCUUUCCACUGAUUUCCGUCGUUUCAGCGAUUUUAACCGUUCCAGAAUUCUUUACAUGUUGACGUUAACUAAUAUAUUUUGACUGUACAGAUUGCGUCCUCCAGUUUGCUCAAACUGGGCAUUGAAACAGAAAAAGACGUUAAGGCUCGAGAAUCAACCUAUCUUCUGUUAGACCUGGUAAGAAAUUGUAGUUCCCAUUUGUUAUUAGGUGUUGUUAAACCCUUUUCCCUCAAACAAGACAAGAACAAAAAUAUCAACCAAUCAAACAAACAAACACAUGCUCUCGAGUCUUCUACGAGUUUAAUAGGCCCAAGCCGUCAGAGACCUUGAAGGUCUCCUUAUACUGGCGUGAAGACUGCUCUCCCUGCUGAGUUAUGCAUCCGUUUGUAUGACGAAAGUUGUGGGCUUAAAAACAGGCGAAAUGAGUCAGCAGGGUAUUAUUUUACAGCUGUAGUAGGAAAUUCUCUGGGCUUUUUGCCAUUUUCGAUUGUUUGUUUGUUUGCUUGAGUUUUUGUGCGGUGCAGGGGUGAGAGUACUCGUUCCACUCGUUGGUCCACCAAGAGAUUAUUCUCCGGCCGCUCCCGUUUACUCCCUCCCCCCGCUUCCCGCUGAAACACUUCCGAAAAUACAUGAAAACUUAGUACAGAGUUUUUAGGGGCCCAGUCUUGUGUACUUUCUUGAAGGAGGUCGUUGAUGUAUUUACGGUAUUUUAAUUUUUGUUCAUAGUGACUCUAAUUUCUGUAGGAGCACAUACGCUUCUAGCACCAGGUGCAUAAACCUUAACGACGGAGGUAAACGCUACCGUCGGGCGUUAAGCUUAGCCAGGAGAGAAUAAUGGAACAGAGGGAUCCGCGCCCAGUCUCGCCCUUGGGAUAUGUGUAUUUUACCUAGGUUAUUUUUAUACCAAUUAAACGCUUGAAACCAAUCGAAAGUUGGUUUUCGCAGAGCCGGGCACUCGACUUUUUUAUUCAUUGUUGUCAGGAGAGAGUAAUGAGAUAUUGUGUACUCUUGGAAUAUCGUCAUUACAAUAUUCUGCAUUUUUUGCUUGGACAGAGUCGCGUGUGGACUUGAUGACGUUUCAAACAAUCGAUUAAACUAUGUGGACGUACCAGGAAUUCGCAUGUCUCGGUCAACGCCCUAAGAUUCCCUCUCUUUUUACGCCAGAAUCUACUACAUCUACUUACGCCUUACCGGUGGUUUUAUGCAACUUUGAGUUUAUUCAUGUUGAUUUUGUCCUGAUCUCUUUCUGGGUAGAUCGUGAAUGAAUCUCCAUACCUUACAAUGGACGUACUUGAGUCGUGUUUUCCUUACGCCCUUCUGAGAAACGCUUACCAUGAAGUGUAUAAGGUGAGAUGAAUCCCAUCAUUUGCAAAGCGGCCUAUAUUAUAACUAGAAAAUACCUUGUUGACCCAUUCAAGGGGUUACAGUCCUAAAAACUGCCUGUCUUAUAGAUUUCUGCUUAUCCCAUAGUAAGGAGGAAAAGACUAGAUUGAUUAGCAAGUUGCUUGGAACUCAUUCUACAGAACGAUAUUUUCUUGAAAAACAAAUAAGCUUUCAGAAGUUGAUUUAAGUUUUGACUGAUAAUGGUGGUGGUGGUGGCGGCGGUGAGAGAUUAUGCAAAGAAUUGAGGUCUUUUGUUAACUUUCUUGUCUAAAGAAACAGUGCAAUCGGAACAUUUCGAACCUCUUAGGGGAAACGAAAUUGGUUUCGGACGCUUCAAAAAUCGGGCAUCCAUUUGUCUUGAGUUUAGUUUUCUUCACGAAUUUGAAGAAACUGUGGAAACAAAGCAACUCUUCGCUAUAGCCAGGUCUCGAUAAAUCUGUGGAUAAAAUUCCCUUAAAAUAGGCCAUUUGCACGAUAGCGUCAUUUUACUGCUACGAACAGAAUUCUUUUUGUUUUUUGCUUUCACUUUUAAAUUUGCUCAUCCCAGCGAGGUUUAAAUAACAGAAGCCCUAAUUUAGACAAGAAAGCAUAAACGCGAAGGAUUCUGGUCGUAGCAGUAAAAUGACGCCAUCGUGCAAAUGGCCUAUUGAGCCAAAGGGAAAGCAAAACCCUAAUUUGAGUUUACCCUGCGAACAGGCUCCCAGGCGGACGUGGUUUGACGGGACAGGGGAGACAUGGGAGCCUCUCCUACUCCCCUCCCCCUGUCCCCUUAAUUCCCUUUCCCCUCUCCCCGUUCUCUCCCCAUUCAUUGGUGCUUUCUUGGCUUUUCUUAGCUCUGCAUGUCCCAUGUUAGAGAAAUUGUUCAAAAUAAGCAGGUUGGGUAUGAUCAUGGAAUGUGUUUAUUUCAUAGUUUAAAUUUACUCUUGGUUUGGUUUCUGUUUUCUCUUGUUUCAAAUUCGAAAGAACAAACAAAAACAAGACUAAAACAGACUAUUUCUUUGCCUGUUUCUUAACAGAGAAAGCCUGAAGUCUGGCUGUAAAUCUCAAGAAUCACGGUUUUACAGUUUUAUCACUGUGGAUGUUGUCAAAUGUAGUACAAAAUUAAGAUUUCUACCAAUCUAGAUAUCUAAUAAAGCAAUUACCUUAAUCGCGUAGAGGUAACUAAACGUUCUUUUUAUUGAACAUGGUACGUGUACAUUAUUACCGCAAAACUUUCCGGAAUUUCUCCUUAAAAUAAUUGUACAAUAGCUGUUGUCAUAAUUAGCCUGCUGGGUAAAUAGCUCAGCCAUAACGGUUUUAACGACCGGUUAUAGCCCUUAACAUAUACCCCGAUUGGGACUUGAAUUAUAGCUGUUUUUAUUACUUUUUUGUAUGCGUAUUAUAACUGCAGUAUUUUCAAUAAAAGAGUAAUACUUUCCACUGACCAACUGUUUCGUGAAAGAACUUCUUUACCGUCUGCUCCGAUAAAUGCCUAUCUUAGGGUAGUCUGCUAC